AUGGCCUACGUUGAUCACGCCUUCUCCAUUGCGGACGAGGACUUCAUGAUGGAGACCUCCUACGUCGUCCAGAACCGGCUACCCACCAAGGAGAUUGCCCUCGCUGUCGCCAUGCUGGUGUUCGGAACGCUCUCGAUCGUCGUCGGGAUCCUCAUGGCCACCAACAGAGUCGGCGGAGACAGAGCUCACGGUAUCGCGUACUCGGUCCCUCCUCGCGAGCAGUAAUUGUGGUUUUUCUCACCUUUCUUUGCUUCCCCUCCUAACUUCUGUGAAUUUUAUUUGGGGGAAACCUUUCCCUCGACGAAACAGGGAUUUCCUUUGCAGCGCUGGGAUCUGUGUUGUUUAUUCCGGGGUUCUACUACACGAGGAUAGCGUACUAUGCUUACAAGGGUUACAAAGGAUUCUCCUUCGCCUAUAUACCCCAAGUUUGA